CGGCUUCCGGUAACUCCCGGUGCGGCGGCCCGCUGCGGGGCUGACGCAGGAGGCCGGGCGCGAUGCCGUACGCCAACCAGCCCACCGUGCGGAUCACAGAGCUCACCGACGAGAAUGUCAAGUUCAUCAUCGAGAACACGGACCUAGCGGUGGCCAAUUCUAUUCGGAGGGUUUUCAUCGCAGAGGUGCCCAUAAUAGCCAUUGACUGGGUUCAGAUUGAUGCCAAUUCCUCAGUCCUUCAUGAUGAGUUCAUCGCUCAUAGGCUUGGAUUAAUUCCCCUCACUAGUGAUGACAUUGUGGACAAGCUGCAGUACUCCCGGGACUGCACGUGUGAAGAGUUCUGCCCCGAGUGUUCGGUGGAGUUCACUCUUGAUGUGCGAUGCAAUGAAGACCAGACUCGUCAUGUCACAUCUCGGGACCUCAUCUCCAACAGCCCCCGGGUCAUUCCAGUGACAUCCCGGAACCGAGAUAAUGACCCCAAUGACUAUGUGGAGCAGGACGACAUCCUCAUCGUCAAGCUGCGAAAGGGCCAGGAGCUGAGACUUCGUGCCUAUGCCAAAAAGGGCUUUGGCAAGGAGCAUGCUAAGUGGAACCCGACUGCAGGGGUGGCUUUUGAAUAUGAUCCCGACAAUGCCCUGAGGCACACAGUGUACCCCAAGCCAGAGGAAUGGCCAAAGAGUGAGUACUCAGAGCUGGACGAAGAUGAGUCACAGGCUCCCUACGACCCUAACGGCAAGCCCGAGAGGUUUUACUACAACGUGGAGUCCUGUGGCUCUCUGCGCCCUGAAACCAUUGUCCUCUCAGCCCUCUCUGGAUUGAAGAAGAAGCUGAGUGAUUUACAGACCCAGUUAAGCCAUGAGAUCCAGAGUGAUGUCCUCACCAUAAAUUAGCCGCAGCUCAUCCGCUUCAGCGGAUAUGGAUCCGAGCAGCAGCUGUGUUCAGGUCUCUCCUGAGGCUUUUCUAGCUUCUGGAGUCUGGGCAGCUGUUACCUAAACUUGGCAAGCCAUCAGUACCAACUGGACAGGUAGCAGAGGGGAAGGGUAGGCACCCCAGCCUUGCUUGCUCACAGGUAGAUUACCAGGGGUGCCACUGGUAUUUGAGGCAGGACAGACCUUUACUGGACAUUCCACAUCACUCACCCCUCUGCCUGAUGAUUGCCGGUUGUCUCCCCAGAACCUAGACCUCCCUUUGCCGGUUUCCGUUUGCCUGUAGGGGGUCACACUGCUUCCCCAUUUUGGUCAUUUCAGCUUUAAACUUUCUGUCCAAAAGUUGGAAUUUUUACAGUUGUACCUUAGGUUGCUGGUGUUAGGAUUGAGUGCUAGAAUUCUCAUUCAGGCUGUCUAUAAACCCAGUCCCUGCACAUUUCACUCAAAUUCUCAAACCCUUUGAGAACAGUGUUAGACCCUGGCUGCAUGCCCCUCCCCAACCCUUACCCCCACCCUACUGCCCUGCUGUCAAAUAAACCCUGUAUUCAUUCUCUACCCAUCA